AUGGAAAAAGAUGAUCGUGGAGGCCUCUCCAUCACGCCUAAUGAAGAAUCGGUAGCUCUGAAAUUUAGUUCCAUCAUAACUUCCUCAACAGCAAUAACAUUGCUCAAUCAAUCAUAUGGAGAAGAAAAAGAAGAAAUUAAAAAGAUUCGGAGCGAGUCCAUAGACUCAAACCAUGACGUUGUGCUUGUGGAUGACAUGGUUUUUUCUAUUUUGCAAUUUUUGGACUCGGAAUUUAUCGUGAGGGUGUGUAUGCUUGUUUCCAAACAAUGGAAUGAACAGGCGAGAGAAUUAUCCCUCGAGUUGGAUUUCAUGUUCAAGGAUAUGACUGUUGAAAAAUUGGAGAUUCUUGUAGUGUGUAGUUCAAUGAUACAAUUAAAAAAGUUGGGAUUGUUUAGUCAGAAUUUAGGAUCAGGAGGUGUGUUUGCCAUUGCCUCGAGUAAUUAUCUUCGCAAUUUGGAGUCACUUGAUUUGGAUUCCAAUGCAUUGAACCCUUACGAUGUAGAAACACUCUCCCAAUGCAAUAUGCUGAAAAAUUUAACAAUGUUGAAUUUAAGUCAUAAUGAACUCUAUCCUGAGGGCGUUCAAUGCAUUUGUACAAGUCCAUUUUUGACAAAAUUAACUGAGCUCUACUUGAUUGAUUGUAAGGUGAUCAAUCGUGGAUCUUCAUACAUAGCUCAAAGCCAAAAUCUUUCUAAUUUAACCAUUUUGGACCUGAAAAGUAAUAAUAUCGGCGUCGAAGGCGCUAAACAGCUGGCAGAGUCAGAAUAUUUAGGGAACUUGCGGAAACUUUAUUGA